AUUAGCUGUGUCUAUUUUCUCUCAUAUUUUUCUGGUUUUGAGGUGAUUCAAAAAAGAGUAAAUUAUUCAAAAAAGAGUAUUAUACUAUUCCAAUUUCUCUUAGAAAAAGUUGGGCAACACCAACAGCAACAGAAGCAAACCUUCAUCUCUCCAAAUCAGUCGUGUUAAUUCGUGGUAAACAGAAGCAAACCCCUCUUUCUUUCCAAAUCACUCGUGUUAGGACCAAAUAGAUGGAAAGGGCAACAGCAACAGCAGAAGAAGAAGAAGAAGAAGAAGGAGAAGACGAUAUUGUUUGUCUAGACGAAUCUUUCUUCAUCAAUGAUGAUUACCAGCUCACUACUUUCACUUUUGGGUCUCAAGUUCUUCAGCUCUUUUGCCUCCAAUCUGCCUCGACUGAUUUUGAUUUGACGGGGCAGUUGGUGUGGCCUGGUGCAACUCUUUUGAAUAAUUACCUUUCAAAAAAUCCUGAGAUGCUCAGCAGAUGUUCUGUGAUAGAAUUAGGCUCUGGUGUUGGUGUUACUGGAAUUCUCUGCAGCAGAUUUUGCUGUGAAGUCAUAUUAACAGACCAUAAUGAGGAAGUCCUCAAGAUCCUGAAUAAAAAUAUAGAUCUCCACUCGUCUACUGACAAUUCUAAUGGUUCUGCUGGGCUAAUGGUGGAGAGGCUGGAAUGGGGAAAUUCUGAUCAGCUCGACCAAAUUUUGAAUAGGCAUCCAGGUGGAUUUGAUCUGGUUCUUGGUGCUGAUAUUUGCUUUCAACAGUCUAGCAUCCCGUUGCUUUUUGAUACCGUGCAACAGCUCCUCCACAUUCGGGAGGAAGGAAAUUGCAAAUUCCUACUGGCUUAUGUUUCCCGAGCCAAAGUCAUGGAUGCAAUGGUUAUCAGUGAAGCAAUUAGCCAUGGACUGCAGAUAACUGAAAUUGUUGGGAGCCGAUCAGUGGUAGGAAAUCUUGAAGGAGUUAUAUUUGAGAUCACCCUUCAAUAGAAAUAUCUGCUAUCUUUCACCGAAGGAGGAUGAACCGUGCUAGGUGCAAUAUCAAAUGUUGAACAUUCUUACAGAUGGGGACAGAAGAAGACAGAAGCAGAACCAAAGGCUGGGCUAUUGACAAGCGACAUGCUAAAGAUAUUCUUGAAUCAAAUGUUCAGAUAAGAUGGAUUCUAACUGUUAUCAUAUUUUGGCUUGAGAUCAACUUUUAUGCUGUGUUUGGUUGGGGAAUUUGGGGAGGGAUUUGGAAAGGGAAAUGGAAAAGGUAGGUGAAAUGUGAAUAAAACAUGCCUAUAUUUCACCUACUUUCACACACCUUUUCCUCUUUCCUUUCCAAAUCCCUCUCCAAAUCCUCCAAUCAAACACAGUAUUAGUGUAUUAUUCACUGGAAUAUUUUUGUUCUAAGUGGCCCGGUUUUGAGCAGAGGUUUUUUGGUACUUGAAUCUUUGUUUUGUAGCUAAGCCAUUUCUCGGUAGCAAGGUUAAAGUUAGGGUUUGAUUAUUGUGAUAAUGUGGGAAUUCAAUUGGCCUGAAUAAUACUGUUAGAUAAUGUUAGGAUUUUGUGGUA